UUUCUGACAUUCAACUUUCCAAAACAGACAGGGCUGCUACUCGAACUCGGAAAGAUAACGACAUUCCUUUAUUUUCUCGAACCAAGGAACGUUGGCAUCUAUUACCAACGUAGAAGGCAACGAGAAGGAGCAGCCACGCUGAUAAAGAGUCGGGAUGUCCGUAAAUGUCGGAAACUCGGAGUUCAGGCCAUUGCCUACCAAUCCCACGGCAAAAAUCACCGGCGUGCACGAGAGUUUGUUGCAAGAAUGCGAGAAGGAUAUAAUAUGGUACCGCGAUAAUUUCUUUGGAAAAGUUCACCAAAAUUACCUCGCCUUGGAUUCACCCCGAGGGCCACUUGCCAUCUCAGUGAUCCGUGACGCGGAUGCAUACAAAGCGUUGCUUCGGACGACCGCUGGUAGCGAGCGUUUAAGCGUGAGCGCUUCCUCCAUCCCGACCUCGCUGGUCCGUCGCGUGUUUGGGUUGGGUCCAUCGAUGGAAUCACUAAUGGAGGGUAUCUCGCGGAAUAUCCCGACGAAAAGCCUGAAGAUGUGCAAAGAUGCGACCUUGCCAAACGAGUUGCUGUCGAUGGAGGAGCGACAAGUGAUACGGAGCUACAAGUUUGGGGUCGCCUAUGUUGGCCCUGGGCAAGGAAGCGAGGAGGAAAUGUUCAAGAAUAGACAUGAGGAUACGUCACCUGCAUUCAAACAAUUUCUGAACUUCCUUGGAGAAACGAUCGAGCUGCGAGGAUGGAAAGGCUACCGAGCAGGAUUAGACACUUCGGGAUCGAACUUGACAGGGACACACAGCGUCUACACGAAAUGGCAAGGAUACGAGAUCAUGUUCCAUGUAUCGACACUUCUUCCAUUCAUCGAAGGCGAUCGUCAGCAAUUGGAGCGCAAGCGACACAUCGGAAACGACAUUGUCGUCAUAGUGUUCCAGGAUGGAGACGUUCCUUUUCAACUCAGCAGCAUCACAUCGCAUCAAAAUCAUGUCAUUUCUGUCGUGAGGCCGGAUGGCGACGGAUAUCGCGCGAUCGUGGCCCCAAAGUCGGGUGUCCCGAGCUUUACGCCGGAUCUGCCAGAACCAUCCGUUUUCGGUCAAGAUGCGGUAUCGCGAGACUUCUUUUUGCACAAAUGUAGGUUGCGUUGAAGGUUUGAGCUGGAUCAGGAGGGCUUUAUGGAAACGCGGCAAAGAUUGGAUGAAGGGUUUCCAACGAAGGAGAUGCCGCACAUACAUUGUGCUCGCUUGGAAGGGGCUUCGAAUCGCCCGCACUUUCCCAUUAUCAGACGUCCUUCUCGAAUCGGUAUCAAUCAAUCUGAGAUCUUCUUCACUUCCAUCCCUUCUACAGUGGUCAACGGCGAACGAGCAUCAUACAAAGCGCCCUCAUUUGCGCCAAAAAUCUCGCGAACACGGUCUGUGUUGCUGUAUGAAGUGGCAUCAAAGUUCCUCAAGUAGUUCGUCUAGUCAUGGAGAAGCUGGAAGGCAUGACACGGAGAAAACUCGUUGCUGCGAAGGUC